AAUGAAAACAGAAAAUUUCCUGAAAAUAUAAUAAAAAGACAACAACAUGAAAUGUUGAUGGAAGAAAUGCAUGUUGCACAUCGUAAAAUGUUUGGAGAGGGAAAGACGUCAACUGUUAGUUCAAUUAAAAACAAUUCUACAAAUAAUGAAUUAUGGAAUGUUAAAACAUUUAAUAGAACAAAAUCACCACCAGAAGUACCAAUAAAGAAAAUUUCUUCAAGUUUGCCAGUAGAAAAUGGUCACAGCACAAGUGACAAAAGUAAUGAGAAAACAAAAUCUGAUAUAAAUGAUUGUAGGCAAGAAUCUGAAGAUGAUGUAAAAGUUUUUACAUUUUUGAAGGAUGGGCCUCUAAACCUAAAGAUGGAAGGAGGUAUAUAUUCAUCUGUAGAAGGAAUAAUUACAGUAGGCGAAUUAUGGGAAGGAGGAUUUAUUCCCCUCGAUGGCAGAAUUGAAGUUGGCGAUCAGAUUUUAAAGUUUGAUGAAACGAAUGUCGAAAACGUAUCUUUAACUUUUGCCAGUGCUGCAUUAAGAGAUGCAAUGAAUAGCUCAAAGGAAAAUCUGAAAAUUGCAGUUAGAAAAUUAAAGAAAGACAUGAAAAACUGUAAAGAAUCUUGAAGUAUGCAACAUACUGAAAAUAUUGUAAAUAGUUAUAAUUCUAUAUCCUGCAAAUUCAAAUGAUUUAAGCUUUUGUAAAAAUUCUUAUAAAUCAAGAUGCCAUUUUUCUGUGUAACCUAUAAUAACUUAAAUAUUGUACUAAUUUAUACUUUAUAUGUAUUAAAAAAGGCACAAAUUGUAAACAUUGAACAAAGUUAUCUUGUACAAUAAAAUCUUUUACAAUCAAUUUAA